ACCCACAGGUGCAAUGCUUCUGCUCAGGCAUCACUAGGGUAACCUGGUCUCCACCCCCAUUGGCAUCAAGGAUUUGCUCUGGAGCCCCAAAUCUCCCAUCUAUGCCAUUUCCAGCUUUGGUUUUAUGAGUUUCCAAAAUAGUGAAUUUCGGUGCUGAGGAACAUCUCCACGUGUCUCCAGCUGCUGGCGUUGCCAAAAAGAUGUGCAACCUCCCUCCCAGCACAGCGCGUCUCCCUUAAAUUCUUUUCCCAGCAGUGCUCUGGCUGCUGCAGGCACUGCUCUUUUGCAACCGUGCAAACUUUAGACCCGCCUUCUGGGCACGAGCCUAAGUGCCGUGUCUCAGCAGUGAGCCCCAUGCAAGUGACACCCUUCCCCAGCUCCAUUUAGGAUCGGGUGCUGAGCUUGGCACUGCCCAUCAUAGACGCUGGACUCACCCCUCAACCUGCUGUCGGCUCCAGACCCCGCACGCCUUUUCCCUCCCCCAGUGACGUCCCUAUUCCCAAGCACCACCCCCCGCCUCCAUCUUCUGUGUGGGGAAAGGAAAAUAAAGCCCCCCGUGUCUGCUGGCUGAGCAUCCCUGCUCCUCGCGUCACACUGCAGCAGGAUGAGCACAGUGGAUGCCUAUCUGCGCCAGCCCUGGAGCACUGUGCAUGCCAUCCCCAUGGUUAGUGCCUUUGCUCAGAACUGGGAGAGAGUGGAUAACUUCCAGAGCCGCCCUGAUGACAUUGUAGUGGCCACCUUCCCCAAGUCUGGCACCACCUGGAUCAGCGAGAUCGUGGACAUGAUCCUUCAAGGUGGUGACCCCAAGAAGUGCAAGCGGGAUGCCAUCGUCAACCGGGUGCCCAUGCUGGAGUUUGCUGCCCCCGGGCAGAUGCCAGCAGGCACAGAGCAACUGGAAGACAUGCCAUCCCCUCGUGUCAUCAAGACUCAUAUCCCAGCUGCCAUCUUACCCAAAACUUUCUGGGACAAAGGCUGCAAGAUGAUCUAUGUGGGUCGCAAUGCCAAGGAUGUGGCUGUCUCCUACUACCACUUUGACCUGAUGAACAAGCUACACCCUCACCCAGGGACAUGGGACCAGUACCUGGAGGCUUUCAUGGCCGGCAAAGUGGCCUAUGGUUCUUGGUUUGACCACGUGCGGGGCUACUGGGAGCGCCGGCAGGAGCACCCCAUCCUCUACCUCUUCUAUGAGGACAUGAAGGAGGAUCUCUGCCAGGAGAUUGCCAAGGUGGCCCAGUUCCUGGGGUGCGAGCUGACCGAGGUGGCACUGGAGGCCAUUGCCCAUCACACAUCCUUUGAGGCCAUGCGGGACAAUCCCAGCACCAACUACAGCGUUGUGCCCUCCCACCUCAUGGACCAGGGUGUCUCUCCCUUCAUGCGCAAAGGCAUCACCGGUGACUGGAAGAACCACUUCACCGUGGCCCAGAGUGCACACUUUGACCAGUACUAUGCGCAGAAGAUGGCAGGCACCGACCUGUGCUUUCGCACACACAUCUGAGAUGCCUUCUCCUGUCCUCAUUCCAUAGCCCCAUAUUGCCUACCCACGCCCACAGGACCACCUGAGCAACACCAUGGGCUCUUUCCCCUUUCUUGGUGCUGCUGGAGAGAAAUAAAGUGUCCUUGCUGA